AUAGAAAUAAAGUGUAGUUUGACAUUUCUCAAGAUCAGUGCGUACUUCUCCAGGUGAACUCUUCAACUCGUUCAACGUUCUUCUUCACGCGUUUUCACUUGUGCUUUUCUUCUUCUUAUUAUUAUUAUACAAUACAAGACGUGUUUGUUUGUAUCUUUGAUUCCGACAUUAGUAAAUCUCCAGGUAUGUGUUCCUGAUCCUACUCCUUUGUUGCUUGUUUGUAAAUUGUAACUUGAAAGGUCUUUUCCACCAAAUUUUGAUUUAAAUUUAAUACAAGAUUGAUUCGUUUGCUAUGUUUUUUAUUAGUUGUUUCUUCUUAUGUUGGAAGUUAAACUAAUGUGGUUAUGAUUUCUAUAAAAUUAAGGACAAUAAUGUGGUUGAUGCAUGCUAGCUACUUAGGAAGGGAACCCUAAGAUUGUUGAAUUAUAUUUCAUUAUUGAUUAGUUAUAAAAGGAUCUUAAUAUCAAGGGGAUUAUAUCUUGUUACAAUCGUAGUUGUCAAAGGCUGAGUAAAAAAAGCGCAAUUAAAUGAAGAAAGGUUAAAAUAUAUUAUGUACUGAAAAGUAAUACUAUUAUUCAAUUUGAAGAAUAGUAUUACAAUCAAAGGCAUAUUACAUUAGGGCGAUUGUCUCAUAACAACAUUGAUGCUAAAGAAAAUAAGAAUAGAUAAUCAAAGAUUGGUACUAACAAAUAACAAUAAUCUGUUUUUGAAUUAGGCUUAUGUUUUUUCGUAGGGAAAAUAAGUCGUAUCAUGUAUAUUAAAUUAUGCAAACGGUUAACAUUUCACUUGCGGCCCCUCUACUUUACAAGGGGAUUGACUCCUGCUAUUCGUUAGGCUCUGGAUUAGUUAGCUUAUACAAGUGUGUACUCCGCACCACUUAUCCCGUAUAAGAGCUUAACCUAUAGUCAUUUGGUUUCAUGUAAAUCUCAUAUACAUAACUGGAUGAUUCUAAUUGCUAAUUAUGUGUUAAUACUACAAGCUAAAUAAUACCAGCAGGGGUCAAGGGGCGGCAGCGCUCCUUGUGGCGAUCACAUCACACGUGGGCUUUUACUAAACAUUUGGACUUUAAUGAGAGGCCAUUUACAUUGAGCUCAUAAAAAACCAUUAGAAAGAAAAAAACAACAGAUACACGACGAAAAAUAUUGUUUUGAAUUGCUUUUCUCUUCUCUUCUACUUCAUGUUCAGUUAAGCUUCUUUCUAAUAUCCAAUAAUAAAUUCAUAAAUGGUAUUAACUUUUGGGCUUCGCUUGUGAUGGGUCACCAAUGACGAAGUGUUCUUCUUGCUCUAGGUUGACAGAGGUUGUGUAGGUCAGAGAAGAGCCAGAAGAAGAGCCUAGUUAGCAUAUUAAGGGUGUUAUGGAGAUAUCACUUCUGAAAGCGCUUCUAAAAAAUAUAUCUACUUUCUUCAAUCUGCAGUGUCAUGAAAACAAAACUUCAGAACUCGUUCAAAAGUACUACCAGAAGAUUGAAGAAAUACUCAAGUUAAUUAAGCCAGUACUCGAGUCUGUUAUUCUUGCAGAAGUCGCUUCUGAUGAAUCUCUUCAGAAAGAACUUGCAGGCUUGAGGCAGUCUGUUGAUGAACUCAGGGAGCUUCUAGAAGAUUCUCAUCCAUUGAUGAGUAAAGUUUACUUUGUUAUGCAAGUUGAAUCAUUGUUUGCGAAGGUUCAGGCUCGAAGCUUAGAACUCUUUGAGCUGCUGAAAUCUUCUCCUAAAGGUCUUCCCGAUGAGUUGAGUUCAUCAUCACUUGAGCGUUACGUACAAAAAAUUAAGCAUAUGGGCUAUGAAAGAGCCGCAGCUAUUCUUUCGAAAGUUAUAAGGGAUUAUGCCGAGGGGUCCGAACCUAGUGCAGAUGACAGGUCAAAAAUUGCCGAUUUUCUUAACUUAAAGUCAAAUCAGGAGCUUCUAAUCGAGGCCGUCGCCCUUGAAAAGUUAAAAGAAAAUGCCGAACAAGCAGAAAAAAUGGGAGAUUUAGAGUGUAUUGAGGAAAUGAUUGCUCUUGUGACCCAUAUGAAUGAUAAGUUUAUCGAAGCCAAACAGUCUCAAAACCCUCACCCUGUACCGAUACCUCCUGAUUUCUGCUGCCCGCUAUCACUUGAACUCAUGACGGACCCUGUAAUUGUAGCUUCUGGACAAACGUACGAGCGAGGGUAUAUCCGUAAAUGGCUUGAUCUUGGACUCACCGUUUGCCCCAAGACCAUGCAAAUGCUUGUUCACACUAAUCUUAUUCCGAAUUACACCGUGAAAGCGCUAAUUGCGAGUUGGUGUGAAUCGAACAAUGUGAAGCUCCCGGACCCCGUGAAGACCUUGACCUUGACUCAACCGAGGUCACCUGAUUUAACACCGGCAACUUCUCCGGUUCAUCAUGUCCGAUCAUCUUCAGAAGAUUCUAGACUUCCCGAAAACGGGAAUACGUUGCCUGAAUCCGGAGAUCACAGUCUGGAGUCAUGUGGGCAGUCAUCGGACGUUUGCGGGAUUAAUGAGAAGUCAACAGUGGGUCAUCAGAGAACGGUUUCAACUUCCAGCACGCAUUCCGAUACAAGUUUAUCACAAGAGCUAUCUCAUGAAGCAAACAGUUUGUCUGAAACACAUGUGGCAACACCCUCCAGCAGUGAUGUUUCAAGAGAGGCGGCAUCAGACCCUCAUCCUGCCUCGAUUUCCGCAACUACUCCGGCAACCCCGCUGAUCUCACCUCGGUUUGAAACCCGACCUCGAAAUCCGCUAUGGCGCAGGCCAUCGGAACGGUACGGACUGAAAAUAGUCGCGUCACCUACCGCUGAAACUAGACCUGAUCUAACCGGACUUGAAACUGAAGUUAAAAAACUAGUUGAGGACUUAAGCAGCAGUUCAAUCGAUGUAGUAAGAAACAGCACAGGCGAACUCAGGUUACUUGCUAAACAUAACAUGGAUAACCGAAUUGUUAUAGCAAACUGCGGGGCCAUCAGUUUAUUAACCGGUCUACUUCGGUCAACUGACGAAAAAGUCCAAGAAAACGCCGUCACCACCCUUUUAAACUUGUCAAUAAACGAUAACAACAAGCUCACAAUCGCAAACGCUGGUGCAAUCGAACCACUGAUUCACGUGCUCGAAACCGGGAGCUCAGAAGCUAAAGAAAACUCAGCGGCAACCCUUUUCAGCCUCUCGGUUAUUCAAGAUAACAAGAUAAGAAUCGGGAACUCCGGAGCGAUUAAACCGUUAGUUGAUUUAUUAGGAAACGGGAGUCCACGUGGAAAAAAGGACGCAGCCACAGCUUUAUUUAACCUGUCGAUAUAUCAUGAAAACAAAGCGCGCAUUGUCCAGGCAGGCGCAGUUAAAUACUUAGUGGAAUUAAUGGAUCCAGCAGCUGGGAUGGUUGACAAAGCGGUUGCGGUUUUGUCAAAUCUUGCAACGAUACCUGACGGGCGAGCGGCUAUCGGUCAAGAGGGUGGGAUACCGGUUCUGGUUGAAGUUGUCGAGUUGGGUUCGGCUCGAGGGAAGGAGAAUGCUGCUGCAGCUCUUUUACAGCUGUGUACCGACAGCAGCCGGUUUUGCAAACAGGUGCUUCAGGAAGGUGCGGUCCCGCCAUUGGUUGCUUUGGCACAGUCUGGUACUCCAAGAGCCAAGGAAAAGGCUCAGUCACUGCUGACCUACUUUAGAAGUCAGCGUCAUGGCAACAAUGGGAGGGGAUAAGGAGACUUUUAUAGAAUGUAUAUACACAUAGCUGAUCAAUAAAUACAAGUGUGAUAUAAGUGUAGAUAUAAUUGUGACAUGAGUAGUAAGUUAUGUAAUCACAUAACUGGCUUUCUUUCUCUUUCCAGUGCAUCGGAUCAAGUUAAAUUGCUUGUGUUUUCA